AACGUCAGAUUAAAGCAAUGACAACAAUGUUUACCCUUUACCCUAAAUAAUCAGACUCACCUGAACUUCCAACAUGACGGCUGACAUCUGGGACGUUGUUAUAAUCGGAGCCGGGCUCUCUGGACUGAGUGCGGCUCAUCUGCUCAGAAAACGGGACCCUAAACUGAAAAUCGUUAUCUUAGAGGCGAAAGAUCGUGUGGGAGGUCGCACCGUGUCCUCUGAAAUCCCUGCAGCCGACGGUGUUGAUCGCUGGGAUUUAGGAGGACAGUGGGUCGGAAGCACCCAGACACACAUUAUGGAGCUCAUAAAAGAUUUGUGCUUAGAAGUGUACCCGCAGUUCAGUGCUGGAAAAAAAGUGCUUCAUACGGGUGGGCCCACUUCCAAAGUACGAGCUUACCAGAGCAGCUUCCCCACUUUGUCUCUGCUGGCUCUUCUGGACACCAUCCAACUAAUGUGGAAGUUUGACAGGCUGUGCAGAACAGUUUGUGUUCAAGAUCCGCGGAGAACUCCCAAUGCGGCAGAGCUGGACGGCAUGACUCUGCACUCGUAUAUCCAGCAGCAUACUUGGACUGAAGAACUUAAGGAGAUACUGGGAGUGUGCAGCAGAUCUGUUUUUGGUGUGGAGCCAUCCCAGAUGUCCUUUCUGUUCUUCCUCAUGUACGCCACUGCAGCUGGAGGGCUCCAGGCGCUUCUUGAGACCAGUCCUGGUUGUGCUCAAGAGUUCAAGAUAAAGGGAGGCACCCAACAACUUUCCGAAUGUCUGGCACAGCAGGUUGGCCUGAAGAACGUCCGGCUGGGCUCUGCCGUGACGGCCAUAUGGCAGGACUCUGAGUGGGCCAGGGUCAUGACGACCGACGACACCUUCUUGUGCAGGGCUGUAAUCGUCACUUGCCCCCCUCAUUUGGCAGCAAAGAUCCAGUACCAGCCAGCCCUGCCCUGCAUGAGAGAAUUCCUCACACAGAACAUGCUUGUUGGCCAUUUGACGAAGUUUAUCGUUACGUAUAAGACUGCCUUUUGGAAGGAGAAUGGCUUCUCUGGAGAAAUUGUGACAGGAUCUUCCACUGACUGUCCAUUCUGUGUCACCUUUGAUGCCACCAGCCCACGUGGUAACCCAGCUCUGGUGGGCUUUAUUUCUGGCCAGCAAGCUACUUUUUGGACUACGAGAGAGGCUGGAGAAAGAAGGGAAGCUGUGCUCUCCAGUCUGGUGAAGUAUCUCGGUCCUGAGGCUGCAUCAUGCAUCCACUAUGAAGAGAAAGACUGGGCGAAGGAGGAGUACAACGGUGGCUGCCCCGUCAAUGUCAUGGCGCCUGGUCUGCUCACGUAUUACCAGCCGAGCCUCAGGAACCCCUGUGGCAGGAUCCACUGGGCUGGCACUGAAACUGCAACGCAGUGGUGUGGCUAUAUGGACGGUGCGGUGCAAGCUGGCCAGCGAGCAGCUCUGGAGGUGCUGUCUGAAGUCUGCCAUGUGGCUCUAACUGCAGAGGAGCAGGAAGCUCUGACCCAGGGUCAAACUAUGAAGAGUACCCCAAAUGAAGCCCUAAUGUCUAAACUUCUCCAUCAGCUCCCAAGCAAAUCUUUGGUGAUGGCUGCACUGACAAUAAGUGCUGCUCUGUUGCUGGUUUGGAAUCAGAAUGUAGUGACUAAGGUCACAUCCUACAUGACAUCUGCUCGUUAAACAGGCAGCCAUGAUUUAAUGCUAUUGUAAGAAAAACUUCAGGAGACAUGUCUUUUCCAACUUGUGGACUUAACUAAAACUUAAGUGCACUCACGGUCCUGGGUUUUUUCAGGGACACAAAUGUUGUGUCUUACAAUCUCUGUAGCUU